AUCUUCUACCCCGCCGCUUCCACCUGGACGUGGCUAGCAUUUGUCUUCAGCUCGGUGGUCUACGGCACCAGCUACCGGUCCAUGAACUCCAUGGCAAAGCCGUCUUUCACAGACGAUGGCAGCCUUGCCGACGGGGGAAUUGACCUGAAUAUGGAGCAGGGGAUGGCAGAGCACCUCAAGGAUGUGAUCCUGCUGACAGCCAUUGUCCAAGUGCUGAGCUGCUUCUCACUCUACGUCUGGUACUUCUGGCUCUUGGCUCCGGGGCGUGCUCUCUACCUCCUGUGGGUGAACAUCCUGGGACCCUGGUUGACAGCCGACUCUUCGCCCGCCGGUCAGGAACCGAACGAGAAGAAGCAACGCCGCCAAGAACGCCGCCAGAUGAAGCGCUUCUAGCCCCGGCUGGGCUGACAGAUGAACGCCGUCUCUCAUCUCCGUGCUGUUAGUUCAUCCGGGGUGCGACCGAAACCAACCCGAACCCAUCGCAGUAGCUUUGUUGCCCUCAGUCGUUGCUGCCAUUCCGCUAGAAAGGCCGCAAGAGACUUCCCUUGGCUGGCUCUUAGCGCUAGUCGAGGCCUUGCUCCUUGGGAUGACAAGGGGAGUGAUGCUGGGGGGGGUGUAAAUACCUUUUUAAGCAGCGCUGUGUCACGGUUGAGGUUGGGGAUCGCGGCGUUGGAAGAAACGGUGCAUUAAAGAGCAGCGUAUU